AUGAUUGCUUCCAGCUUAAGAAAAGGAUCGAAGAACGGGGAACUUGCUCACUUGGUGAAGGGAGUAAGGGAAAAAAUGGCCAAAGGAAAGGGCAAGGAAGUCAACAUGGUGGAUUUUGAUGGAAAGGUUCCAAACAAAAGGCAACGGUUGGAAGCUUGGGAGCUUCAGUGUGUUUGCUUCCCUCCAACGGAGAAAGACCCUCUUUCAAACCCUCUUGUGGUUGAGGCUAUUGUGGGAACGCUACGAACAAAAAGGGCAUACAUAGACACUGGUGCUGCCACCAAAAUCAUGUUCGAGAAGUUCUUCAACCGUUUGAGCAAUGAAGAACGUUUCAGGCUUCAACCCUCAGGAAUCUCCAUAAAAGGUAUUCCUGACAUACCUCUUAAGCCUUUAGGGCAACUGACCCUUAAUGUCUGUUUCAGCGAAGGCCAGAAGAAGAGAGUCCAACCCCUCACUUUUGUGGUCAUCAAUAUACCUUCGAACUAUGACGUGAUCAUUGGAAGGUCGGGGCAAUGUGCAUUAUACAUGGCUGUGUCUGUUGGUCAUGGCACUGUCAAAUUUCCUACUGAGAGGGGAAUCGCAACCCUUCAACCUACCCAGGAGACCUACAUGGUUGAAGGUGAAAAUUCCAAAAGUGAAGAAGACAAGCAAAGGCUAAUUAUAAACCCUAGAUAUCCUGAGCAGAUGAUAAGGGUCAAUCCAAGCCUUUCACAAGAAACUCUCUCAUAUCUUGAAAAGUUGUUGACACAUUAUAGUGAUUUCUUUGCUUGGUGUCCGGAAGAUAUGACGGGCAUCCCUCGAAGCAUUGCUGAACAUGAGUUGAAAAUACCACCCGAUGUCAAGCCGGUCAUCCAAAAGAAGCGAAGUUUAGCACCCGAAAGAAGCUUGGCUACAUGCCAAGAGGUUGAAAAGCUUGUGUCAGCUGGCAUUCUCUGA